AAUAAAAGGAAAAAAGCGCGCUGGCCCUUUAAGGCCGGAGGUCGCGCCGUCCUCCAACUGCUUUAUGCUAAUUUAUGCGGCGUCGCGCGGGCCGCAGCGUGCCGUCGACCAAUCAGAGCGCGCCUCAAACCGCGGGAGAUCCGAAUUUCGCGGGACGUAAUUUGGCGCUAAAACUGCGCUCCGUCGUUCCGGCUUGGUGUCAGAGAGGGAGCCGUGCAGCCGCUGCUGGAGUCCGUAGCUCAGCUCUACCGAGUCCGUAUCCGAGGAAAACAAAAACAAAACACAAAGACAAACCGAUAUUUAAAGCUUUACUCGCGUUGUAGUGAAAAUCAGCUGAAUUUGAUCUUCUGAAGGACCGACCAGUUUGAAUGAAAGGUGCAUUUUAAACUCAUCUCAGUGUAUAAAGCUGAAAUCCUCUGCUGCUGCGGAUUCUGGAACAAAGGACACCGGACUCUUUUGUAUUCCGAGACAAUAUUAACUGCAUAUUUAUAAAAUCCUAGCUCUCUGAUUGUGUCUCUAAUCUGCUCUUUUUAAAUAAUAAUUUAAAAAAGCAGAAAAAAAACACCACUUUAAACAAAAAUCGAAUUAAACUGCUGAAUCAUUGACUCGUAGAGCAGCAGCUCGGAACGUAAAGACUCCCAGCAGCCGCACACACUUCGGGGUGGGUUUGUUUCCGCUUGCAGAAAUUUUCUGGAGCUCUUGUCGGUGAUCAGUGUGCACGAUGAUCCGGACACCCAGACGCGUGUCUCCGGCCUCAGCCCGGGCUCCAGUCGCUCUGUCCUGCCCGCAGAAGAAACUUCUCUCUGGAGUCAGAGCGGAUCUGAUCAGCUCGGGACUCGCGAGUCCGCCCAUGAGCUCGGUGCCGCUCGGCUACUUCACACAGCUCGGAAACACACCGGCGACCGAGCGGAGAACCGCAGACUGUCUGUACGCCACCCCGCACGGAGCACGAGCUCAGCAUGGCCGCCAGUCCUCUACCCGACUCCCGGCAAAGAGGCGGUUGGAUUUGGAGGAUCCCCUCUAUCUCCCAGAUUUCCGCACACCCAAAGGAAAAGGGAACACGCCCUUGGCAAGGCUGUCCAGCCCAAGGACACCAAAGUCUCCAGGCGAACGAACGCGCUACGACACCUCCCUCGGACUGCUCACUAAGAAGUUUGUGGGGCUGCUGAGCGAGUCAGCAGAUGGCGUUCUGGACCUGAACUGGGCCACCGAAGUCCUGGAGGUGCAGAAAAGGAGGAUCUACGACAUCACCAACGUGCUGGAGGGAGUUCAGCUCAUCCGCAAAAAAUCCAAAAACCACAUUCAGUGGCUGGUAACGGGAGUGUUUGAGGGCUCUGCGAGUGCUUCGGAACGGACGAAUGCUCUGCAGAGAGAACUCGCUGAGUUGGACAGGAAGGAGAACGCACUGGAUGACCUCAUCCAGUCCAGCACCAAUCAGCUGCGAGAGCUCACUGAAAACAAAGACAACCAACCAUUUGGAUAUGUGACAUAUCAGGACAUUCGGUCCAUAUCGAGCCUGCAGAAGCAGACAGUGAUUGCAGUCAAAGCUCCUUCUGAGACCAAGCUGGAGGUCCCAGAGGUAUCUGAGCAGGGGUCUAUGCAGAUCUACCUGAAGAGUAAAAACGGUGCUAUCGAGGUGUAUCUGUGUCCAGAGGAGGUGCUAGAGGAUGAAAGCCCGGUAAAGUGUGGCUCUGCCAGGAAGGACCACUCAUAUGGGAUCCCACACACGACUCACUCCAACACGCCGUCACGUCCAAGCACGCCUAAACAGCCACACGGCCUAGAAGCUACACCAUCUAAACCCCAGAUCCUCAGUAACAGUAGCAGCUCCACCCUGAUGGAUGUAGAGGGCAUUCUGGGGCUUCCUCCCAGCCUGCUGCAGAUCACUGAAGAUCAGCUCCCAGGCACGGCCUUGACCUCUGACCCUUCAUUCGUCAGUUUCUCGCCACCUCUCGACCACGACGACUACCUCUGGGGGCUGGAGAACGGAGAGGGGGUUUCGGACUUUUUCGACAACUACGAUCUGGGGGAUCUACUCCAGAGCUGAGACCAUAUGUGAAAAUGGUACAGUCCUCAUGUGUGAAGCGGAACAGUUUUUAGCUGUACGUAUAAUGGGACGGUCCUCGUUUUUAUGUUAAAUAUGGACUACUUUUUACUAGGUGCAGUUUGUGCUAUGUUCGAAAAUGUGAUGAGCCAAGGAAAGGAAAUGAGUCAUGAGCCAUUUUACCCAAAACAUAUCACGUUGUGAGUUUUUGUUUUUUUUAGAAAUAGUGAUAUCAGGGUUUAAAUCAGAUCUAAAGCUUGAACAUUUUGAAAACACAGAGGAUCUCAGAAAUAACUCCAUGCACUUGCUGAUACUCAAACACGCUGAAUCACAGAGCUCCCCCUAGUGGAGCUAACCAGCCCUGUCUUUUACAUGCUCCUGAUUGGAAUUAUGUCUCAGAUGUGAAAAGGAUAUCAUCUGUAGGCUUUUACGACAAAAUCUAAUAUUUCAAUGAAAUUAUACCAUGUGUCCCAAUCCUCAUUCUUCACAUUUAGUUGUGUUUGCGCUAAAACACUCAGUUUAACCUCACAAAGUGCCUGUAAAUGCACAAAUUUGGUGUGUUCGAGCAUGAAAAACACACAAAAUGUGUGGCAGAAGUGAAAUGACACAGAUCAGGCCUGGGAAAUGAUGAACCUAAUCUGAGGAUAGGUUUAAUCACACUAGAACGCCAUCAUUGAUUUGCUAUAGUUAUAGUUAAUUAGGUAGCUAGUUAAUUAGUUCAUUGUAAUAGAUAUUUUCUGAUAAAGCAAAGAUAUUUUUGUACCUUGUAAUGUAAUUUAGCCAAAAAGACACUGUAGGAAAUUUUGGUUGGUACAAUUGUUUAAAUUUUUAUAGUGUUUCCUGUAGAUGAGCUGAACAUGCAUUGUUUUAUUGUUUUCAUUGAUUUUGAUUGUAAACUAAAACUCAGGAGUUUUUUUUUUUUUAAUUUUUUUGAUGACUUGUGAUGUCCAAAGCUAAGCAUUUGUAUUGUUGUGAAUUGUUUAUUUAGAUUUUUACUAUUAUUAUUAUUAUCAUCAUUAUUAUGAUGAUGAUGAUGAUGAUGAUGAUGAUGAUGAUUUUGCCACUAGAGGGCAGAAGUAGACCAGUAUCACUCUGUUGUUCACAUAUUUCAUAUUGGUGCUUCUCAUAUCUAGUAUGUUCUCAGAAAAAAAAGGGGUCCUAAACUGUACAUUUCCUUGUUUCUGGGGUGCUACUCUUAUCUUUUAGACCUUUAAUACAUACUUUUCAUAUAGAAAUCUGGAUGUAGUGGCUUAAAAAAAGAUUUAAGGUAUAUAUUUGAACAGUACUUACUGUAUACUAUAUGCAAUAUGUACUAUAUGUAUAAUAUAUGCGGCAUAAGAUAUGUACUAAAUGUACAAAAGGUUAAGGGUACCACCCCACUGAUGAGGAAUGGUACUUGGGGUACCAGUACCAUAUUAUAUAUAUGUGUGUGUGUGUGUGUGUGUGUGUGUGUGUAUAUAUACACAUAUACAUAUGUAAAAGACAAUUUAACCGCCACUGAAGCCAGUAUUUCAUCUCUGAACAAAAACCCCAAAAAACUGUAGUGAGACAUGUACACAAUAAGAAAUCUCACAGUCGUGCCUGUGAAGUCCAGAUCUAGCCUAAACUCAGAGCUACAUAAUCCAGGCUAGCUCUCCAGCACUGUUCUUUCUACCUCUCAGGUUUGACGUGAGUGCGUUACCACUUAAACACAAAGGAUAUACAACGUUUUGGCAGCUGAAAGUUCAUUGGAGUGAUCCUUUUGUUUUUGUUCUAGAAUUUCUGAUCGCUUUCUAUUCUUAUUUAUACACAAAUGUUCACCGAUCCAUAAAUCUGGAUUAAAAGAGAAAUCAGACCGUUCUGAUUUUAACGACUUGUGAAAGGAAAAAAAAAAAAAAAAACAAUCGCACCAGUUUCCUACUUAUUGCAGAUGCAGUCAAUCAGCCGAGACUAAUUUUCAGGCCUAAAUGAUCACACAUGCUUCAAGUGACAUUGUUAGGGUCGACUAUUAGCAAUAAUAGUGUAAUAAAAUAAAAUACGUAAUAACAGAAAUAAGUUUUUAAAAUGAUAAUUGUUCACUGAAGUGGGAUAUCUACAUCAAUAAGUCAUAGAUUUUUUUUUUUUGACAUGCACUUAAAUAGUAUGUAUUGAUCAUAUUACUGUAUUAAAUCUCCUUGUUUUAUUUCACAGUAUAACACUUAUUUUACGGUAUAAUUUGAGGCGAGUGUGUGUUUAAAUUGGUCAUGAACAACAUUAUCCUCAGUGAGAAAUUCGACAUUUCGGCUGAUCUACAUUGAUUUUUUUUUCUCCAAAGAAUCCGUUUGGAAUGUAGUCACAAAUCGCCUUCCUGCAAGAACAACAAAGGCGGUGUUGUGUCUAAUUUUUAACGUCAUUCCUGCCCCACCAGUCCUAAAGGCAGAACCAGAACUAGUCUGGUGUGGGCAGAUGAGCCAAGUCAUGGCUCACUUUAAAUGUGAUUCAGCCUCGUCUCUCGCAGUGUGCUUAACACUGUUUCUAAAAGGUGAUACAGUAGGCUGAAACGUUCAGUGACUCAUUUAAAGAGGGCUGAAAUUGUGCAGCAAAUUCGAUGUUUCAGCUUGAUAGAGAAAGGCUGACAUGGGUGUGAUUUUAAGCUUUAUUUAAGAAUGCAACCUUAGACAGGAUUUUAUCUGUCGAAGUGAUUAAUAUUUCCAUAAUUUAUGUUAUAAAACUGAUUUUCGUGAACAUUAUUGAUUCUCCAGUUUCAAAACCGAACCUAAGAUUUGCCUAUGUAUGAAUGUUUAGAUGGUUUUCUUCCCCCCAGGGUUCCUUGUUUACUCGUCCCACAUGUGGGACUAACGUCCUGUCCUAACAAACUUGAAAUUUGUGUGCUUUUGAGCAUGUGUGUGUGUGUGUGUGUGUGUUUGCAUGAUGAGGUAAUAGGUAGCGAGUUUCAUUUAGUAGUGAAAUUGUUUAGUUGAAUUUUAUAGCAUUCUUUGUAAUAUGCAUUAUAUUUGCUGUCAGUUGAAGAGAAUGAUUUUGUAUGUAUAUUGUAUUUGACAGAAAUAAUUGUCUUGGUGUAACGUGUAAAUAAGCAUUUGUAAAAAAAAAAAAAAAAAAACAGGGAGCACUUAAUGUUUUGUGGUGUGUGUGUGUGUGUGUGUGUGUUGUUUUGUUGUUUUUUUUUAAAUAAAUAAAACCCUGGCGUUCUGA